CCGCAACCCCGGAGCGGCAGCGGCGGCCGGGGCGACGGCCGCGGAGGAGAACCGAAGAGGCUCGAGAAGAAGCAGUCUUCCGUGAAGUGGUCAGUUUUACCCCCGACCCUUUGCCAGAUAUUAUGACAAGGACACCACCGAGCCCCUCAGCUUCUACUUGUCUUCACUGGAGGAGCUCUUGGCAUGGACGCCCAACGUGGAGGACAGCUUUAACGUGGCCUGGGAGCCCUGUGCGUGUCGCCAGCCCCCUCUGAGCAGCCGGAGGCCCCGGACCCUGUUUUGCCAUGACAUGAUGGGCGGGUACCUGGAUGACAAGUGAGGGCACUGCCAGGACGCUGCCAGCCCCACCUGUUGCUGCUGGUUUUCCUGUGGUGAAAGGGAUGGAGGUGGGGAGGGUGCCCGCAGCAGGAAGAGCGCUGGCUGGGGAGGCAGGCUGCCGCCGCUGGCUGGGAGACGAACUCGGGCCUCAGCGCUGCAUCUAUAAGAGGAUCGUGGUGGGUGAGAGCUCACACCUCUUUCAGCUGUGAGGCCUGCUCCGACUCCUUUCUUGGCCUGUUGGCUUUGGCUUCAGAUGCUCAGUUACACUCCUUCCCCCUCCCAGCCAGGGAUGUUUCCUCCAGAGGUGCUGUGGUGUCAGGUGAAGGAUCGUAGACGGCUGUAAAGCAAUCUUGGACAUGGCAGUUGGUGGGGAGGCUAGAGUCAGAGCCGGCCGUCAGGGUGGCAGAGGCAGGUUUAUUCAGGGUGCAGCAGUGCAGAACCCCUAUUCCUUCUACCACUGGCAGUAUAUUGACAUCUUUGUGUACUUCAGUCACCACACGGUAACCAUCCCCCCAGUGGGCUGGACCAAUGCUGCCCACAGGCAUGGGGUCUGCGUGCUGGGGACUCUCAUCACGGAGUGGAAGGACGGUGGGCAGCUCUGUGAAUCCUUCCUGGCUGGGGACAAGCGCUCUUACCAGGCAGUGGCCAACCAGCUGGUCCUGAUCGCUGAGUUUUUCCAUUUUGAUGGCUGGCUGAUCAACAUUGAGAACUCUUUGAGUCUGGCCGCGGUGGAGAACAUGCCCCACUUCCUCCAGUACCUGACCGCUCAACUACACCAGCAGGUCCCCCUGGGCUUGGUGCUCUGGUAUGACAGCGUGGUGAGCAGUGGGCAGCUCAAGUGGCAAGACGAACUGAAUGAGCACAACAGGGUGUUCUUUGAUUCCUGUGAUGGCUUCUUCACCAACUACAACUGGCGGGAGGAGCACCUGGAGCGGAUGCUGGGGCUGGCGGGGGAGCGCCUGGCUGACGUGUACGUGGGCGUGGAUGUGUUCGCCCGGGGGAACGUCGUGGGCGGCCGUUUCGACACGGUCAAGUCCCUGGAGCUGAUCCGGAAGCAUGGAUUCUCGGCAGCUUUGUUUGCACCUGGCUGGGUGUACGAGUGCUUGGAGAAGAGAAAUUUCUUCCAGAACCAGGAUAGGUUCUGGAAUUUGCUGGAACACUACCUGCCCACCCACAGCAUCUGCUCCUUGCCCUUUGUCACUUCUUUCUGCCUGGGCAUGGGCACUCGAAGAGUCUGCUAUGGUCAGGAGGAGGCGGUGGGGCCCUGGUACCACCCCAGUGCCCAGCAACUGCAGCCCCUGUUCGGAGAGCGCCGGCUGACCGAGGAUGGGCGGGGCUGGGUGAAGACCCUCUGCUGCCUGGCGGACGCCUGGAACGGGGGCAGCUCCCUGCUGAUCCGGGGGGUGCUUCCGCCCGAGGCUGGAAACGUGGCCGUGAGGUUGUUCUCCCUGCACGUCCCACUGCCACCCAAAGUCUUCCUGUCCAUGGUAUACAAGCUCGAGGGGCCUUCGGAUGUCAGGGUAGCUUUGGAGCUCACCACAGGGGAUGCAGACAGCUGUCACAUUGGUGGCAUCUCGGCGUUGAACGCAGAGAUGAACUCAAGGCACAGGCCCCGACCCCUUCAGGUGCCCCCCAUCAAGCUGACCCGAUGGGUGGGCCACUGCGGCCAGCAACUCAGCAGGGGCUGGGUCCAGCGCUGCUAUGAGGUGAAUCUUCAGGGCUGCCUCCUGCAGGACCUCUUUGUUCACCUCUCUCGGCCUCCAGGCAGCCAGGAGGAGGAGAGCUUUGUCUGCCGCCUUGGAGAGAUCCAGGUGCUGGAUGCCAGCAGCCUGCUGGCCCCCCUGCCCCAGGUGCAGGCUGUCACUGUCUCACAUGUGAGCUGGCAGCUGGCUGCCUCUGAGGGGGCAGGACCCCCUGCUCUGAGGCUCAGCUGUACUCUGCACUGGUCCUGCCUCCUGCCCCGUGCCCGGGCCUUCCGCAUCCACUGCUACCUGGGGACAGGAAGGGGCUCUCCCAGCAGGGGCCUGCCGGGGCCAGAGAAGCCCACGCUCUUGGGCCUGGCUUUUGUCAACCAGUAUCGGAUAGUGGAUCUGGCAGUGGCAGCUGCAGGGCCUGGACAGGAUGGCCGUGUGGAGUUCCUAGUGGAGCCUGUCACCAAGGAGGGGUUUCUGGUGCCACAGGCCGAGUGGGGCAGGGCAGUCAUGCUCUACUCCACGCCCCAAACGUGAACGAACAUUAAAGCACGGGGCUUCCCUGCUCAAGGCGAAGGCUUCUUCUGCACUGGGGCUCAGGCAGUGACGGGAAGACCUGGGUCACAGGCUGUGGCUGAGGCGUACUCUGGUGGGCACUGCUCAUAGGGAAACGGAGAAGUCAGUUUGCUGGGUCAGUGACUCCCCGAGUAUUGGAACCCCAGUUUUUGUCUAAUCCCUUUCCACAGGAUAUAGUUUCUGGGUAAUAAUGAAAGGAUUUGGAAGUGUUUAGUCCAGAACAUUCUACAAAGGGUGUUUCCCAGUUGACUGGAAGAUGCUUCUGCUGAGAAUGGGGACCUUUAUUCCCAUAGAUGGAACAAUUGGAAAUGAACUUAAACUGUGGCAGGAAGACACUUCUGAGGACAGGACAAGUACUGAGCUAGCAGAGGGGGUGCUGGUUGGGGUGUGUUGUGUGGAACGGUGGGCCCCUGUGGGGGCCUGGGAAGUGGUACCCUGGGAUCUGGCCUGCUUCCCCUUAGGAGUGGGAGCUAGGGCCAGGUUGGCAUGGGCUGCACUUGCACCUGGGCAAGGUGGGCUGCCGCAGUCCAGACCCCCUCGUGUGGUGGCUUUCUCAGUGGGCUUGUCCCCAUGAGCAGGACCCAUUUCUGGAGCAUUCCGUUGGCCCUGUGUUUGGCUGUGACUUUGGGGUUGUAGGUUCAAGCAAAGUUUGCAGUGUAUGCACCGCGGCUCUGCCUCUGCCCGGUGAGUGAGGCCCCCCAGGCCUGGGCAGCAGGCAGCAGGAGGCCUGGUGGGGCCCAGGGAGCCUUGGUGGGGGCGCUGCUCCUUCACAGCCUCCUCUCAGCCCCUCCCGGCGUAGGGCUGGGAAGACCGCUUGAGUAGGUAUUAGCACAGACACUGGGCCAUGCUGGGGUCUCUCCGCUGGGCCCCUCUUCUCUUCCUUCUGUCUUCUAGCGCCCUCCUCCCUCUGCCCGAGCUGAGGCUGACCUGUGGCUCUGCACGAGGACAGGGGAAAGCGUGAGCUGGAGAUGACUUCUCCAGCCGUACAGCUUCCCUGUUGACACCUGGGCCACCAGCGUGGCCUCCUGGGGUGGGGUCUUGACCCCACGGCCUUGGGUGAUCCUGUGGUACACCUGAGCAGGGUCCCUCAUUCUUGGGGUAUCUCCCCCCCAGGCCUUAAAGGGCCAAUUAUGGGGGCUACUUUCCCACCAUUGCUCUUGUCCACCUGUGCUACGGCCUGUGGAAUGGUGCUACGGGUUAGGCCACUCUGGGGUGACCUCCCAGCUGGAGGUCACACCUAAGGGUCGGCCUCUUAGCUCAGCUCAGGAUAAAUUUGAUUUUAUGUUGUAGUGAGGUGGCAGCCACCAGGUGGCAGUGUGGCCACACCGCCUUGGUCCUGGUCCUUGGAAUUGGGGGAGGUAUGGGGUACCUGCCUGUCAGCCUGCUGGACAGCAGAAGCAGUUCUGCCCAGGGCCGGUGUCUGCCCCCGCCCGUCCUGCCUUCCCAGGUGCCCACGUGCCUCUCACGGUGAGACCCGGGGGCCCUCGGCUUCCAGGCUCUUACCUAACCACGAGCGUUUUGCUCUUCACACCCACACGCGGCCCCGCCGGCUCAGUCCAGGACUGGAAGUGGGUGUGCCCAGCAGAGAGGGUGAGAAGCUUCUGCAGGAAGGGAAGGUAUUUCUGCCGAGUGGCUUUGAGUGGCUUUGAAAUGCAGGUUCCCCAUCACUGGUUCUCCCCGUGAAUCUGGGGCGGCCCAGAUGGGGAGGGGGCGGGAGGGCAGGAGCUGCUGCUGCUUGGAGCUGCUUGCCCGCCUGGUCUGUGGGUUUUGAUGGUUCCCCGGAGCAUGUGGGGCCCCUUCUGUUUUGAACCAGAGGGAACUAGGGUUGGGGUUGGGGAGGCCCAGGCCUUUCUCCCUGUGUCCCCAGAGGUGGGAGUCGGGCGGCAGUCAGGCUACUCUCACUUCAUCUGUUUUUUUUUAAGUUCUGGUUCCCCCAAAUAUUUUAUCCAGAGGAGGGAAAUUUAUAGUGGCAAUUAUUUCCCCCCAGUUUGGAGAGCAGGCUUAGGAGAGCACAGUGCUCCGAAUCAUAACCCCAGUCCCCCAGGAGCACAGUCGCAGCCCCCUGAUGGCUGAGCUCACGUGCAGGACAAUCAUGUUGGUGUUGAGGCCUGUGCUCUCCUGUUGGGCGUAAUCGUUCAGAAAUAAAUGAUCUGUUGUGCGAAACGAA